AUGAACACCAGCAGCAUUAGCAGCAGCGCGAUCUACAGCAGCUAUGUGGAGCGUUCCCGCAUCGAUCAGCAGGUGGAGGAGGCCAAUGUGUAUGUGGCCCAAGCGCUGCGGUAUGUCAUUGAGAAUGUGCUGGCACAGUUGAGUGCCACGUUGGUCGUGACUAUUUCGACGAGGGACAAGGGCACCGCCCGUUGGUUUGAGUAUGUCAUGAAUAAGCUGGUCUAUUCGUGGCGCGUGGCAGCUGUCCAGCUGCUGCGUUUCAGCACGGACAUUGAGCGGUUGCGGGUGCGUGUGCCUGGCAGGAAGCGUUUAAAUCUGCUGCUGGUGGACUCCCACGAGGGGCUGCUCAACACAAACAUUACCGAGGACAAUGCGGACUUUGAUGAUCCGGAAUAUUACUUCAUCUUUCUGCAGACGCGCGAUCAUCUGAUACCCCUGGAGCUGCGACUGAUACUGGACCAUUGCCUGGCGCAUUAUUGGCUGCACUGCAACGUGAUGAUACAGACAGCCGAGGUGGAUGUGCUCGUUUAUAGCUACUAUCCGUACACGUCGGAACAUUGCCAGGCGGCACAGCCGGUGCUGGUGAAUCACUUUGAUGGCCAGCGCAUGGUCAAUGCGACAAUGUUCCCCGAUAAGCUCACUCAGCUGCAUGGCUGUCCCAUUUCGGUGCUCACCUGGCACCAGCCGCCAUUCGUGGAGCUCGCCUGGAACGACGCGGAUGGUGGGCUGCGUGCCAGCGGCUUUGAGAUUCAGCUGGUGGAGCAUCUGUCCCGCUUGCUCAACUUUACAAUGGAGCUAAUCAAUCUGACGCUCGUCCAGCCGGAGCUCUAUCGCCUGGCCAAUGGCAGCAGCGAGGGACCCAUGGAGUGGCUGCUCCAGCGGCGUGCCAAUCUGAGUCUUGGUUACUUUCGUAAGACGGCGCGGCGAAAUCAGCUGCUGACCACUGGAAUGUCCUACUACUCGGCACCACUGGUGGCCGUGCUGCAGCGGGAGAGCUAUCGAUUUGGUUCGCUGGCGCUGCUCACGUUCCCGUUCGAGUGGUCCGUGUGGCUGAUGCUGCUUGGCUGCCUGGCCCUGCAGAUGGCCAUUCGGGGAGCUGCACUGCCAGCGCUGGAGCUGCUGUUGGGUCAGACGCUGACGCGUCUGCCACGCUCCUGGCUGCCUAGGCUGGUGCUGGCCCACUGGCUGUAUGCCGUGAUACCGCUGAGGAUCUGCUACCAGUCGCUGCUCUUCCAUCUGAUCCGCAUGCAGCUGUUUGCGACGCUGCCGAGCUCCCUGGAGCAGUUGCUGGCGGAGAAUUUCCAUGGCUUGUGCACCGCCAAUACCCUGCGAAUGCUGCACGAGAUGCCGCUGGUGGCGGGCCGCACAGAGAGCUUCACGGGCCUGGCCACACCCUACGACCAGGAGGUGCUGGACACGCUGCAACACGCUCAAGGCGGCAAAAUCUUUGCCAUUGCCAGCAUGGACGUCGCGCUGGCAUAUCUGCGCUCCAGCAGCCAGCCGGACAGCUACCAUGUGGUGGGUCAGCCAGUGAAUGUGGAAUAUGCCGGCCUCUACAUGCCGAAGCAUUCGUAUCUGUACGAGAAGCUGAACGAGGCCAUAAGGCGACUGGAUGACACGGGAUUCAUACACGCCUGGCGACGUGCCGCCUUUGUGGCUCACCGCCGGCAGCAGGAUGUGCCAUUGGCUCAGGAGCGGCGUCGUUACAUCAGCAAUUCCAAGUUGUCUGGCGUCUACAAGCUGCUGGCACUGCUGUAUACCAUUUGUGGCCUGGUCUUUGCCAUCGAACUGCUGCUCCAACGCUGGACGUGGACGUUGCGUGGAAAUUAGCCUCUGCCACGUGCCUGUGACCAUUAAUCAUGGGUGAAAGU